GUCCGGGGAUCGGGAGGUGGAGGUCGCUGGUUGAUCGACGUCGACCCCCUCUCUCAAAGAUUAUGAACCUUUAGAUCUACUACUACUCUAUGUUCCUGCAAUUCCUAGCUACUAGCUGUCCGUUAUCUACCUUAUAAGAAACCGAAGUGCUCUUGAAGUGCUCUGCAUCAAUCUUGCGGGUAUAGACUCGACCUCUUCCGGACUUCGAGGACACCUAUCACAGGGACAUUCAUUCUCGCCGAGGACAAUUGUGUAUCUAGCCAGAAAGAAGAUCUAAAGCUCGACGUUAUGAUGGGCAAGACAGGCAGUAUCUGAGACCUAGGAGUACCUCAACGUCCCUGAAGGAGAAAUGAUGACGACUAUGGGAAGAAUGUUCCCGGUCCUGCUCGCAACCUGGGUCUGCUGCUUUCAGGUUGCGGCAGCGCAGAUCUUGGGAGACUCGGAUUCGAGCCAGUUGAAUGUCCUCUUCUUGGUGGAAGCUAUCGCCAUCUUCUUCGUGGCCAUUGCGAUCUUCUUCUUCUGGAACCGAUUGCUGGGGAUCGUAGUAGGGUUUGCUAUCAGGCUGUUCAUGUGGAAGAGCUCAAAGGUUCACGUUAGCAUCGUCUCGCUCCAGAUCUCACCGCUUGCUGGCAGGAUCUUGUUCAAGGAUGUCCGAUAUCAUUCGACUAACAUGUCGGCUAGGAUCCUUCAGGGGCACAUUACAUGGCGGUUUUGGAAGUGGUAUGUCCGCAAAGAAGGCACAUCAGAUCGCCUUUCAUCCCGGUGCUUGGUACACUUGGAGGGUCUCGAAUGGUUCUUAUACAACCGGUCCCCCGCCUUUGACGCCAUCGUGGACAGGAUGAAAGCUGCCAAUGAGGGAAAGACGGCACAAUCGCAGGAAACGAAGCACAAGGACGCGUCUUCUUCUUCUUCGAGUGAUGAUGUUCCUACGGGAACACGGUCUGAAGGUGGUGAGGACGAUCCGAUCGAGAAGGGCAACGGGGCCGAGCAACUUCCGCCAGAGCGCUUGGCUAGGCCACUCUCGCCUCCGAUACCCAACGUCGGUAUCCUUCGAGGAAGACUCAGCAGAUGGACGACCAAGAAGCACCAGGAACCAUGGCAAUGGCAACGUGAUUUGUUGCCGGUCGACAUCGAGAUCGCUACAGGGGCCGUCGUGCUCGGGAACGAUGCUACGCCGAUCGUCACCAUCGCCGAAUUCAAGAAGGGACAUGGAUCUUUGGAGACGACCGAGAGUCGCAGCAUCUUGGAUGUCUUUAAGAGUGUAGCGUCUUUCAGCUUCACUGGCGUCAAGGUCAUCGUGAGGACCAACCCAGAUUAUACCGGUGCCCUGCUUGAUCAUGGUCGACGAGCUUACGAGGAAUUGACCAAGAACAAACCGUCGAUCUUGGAACAGAUGCAGCAUACUUUCUUGCGUCGAGCGGACUUUAUGCACCUGGCUGAAGAGUUCGAGUGGCUUUCGAACCAGUUCUUUGCGAAACCUCCGACAUAUGCGUCCGCUUACUAUGGCACGGACAAGCAAUGGAAAGGUUUAGCACGGUAUAGAAACGAUAUCGAGGCAGAUAUCGGACCUUCCGACCCGCAGUUGGAAUAUGCCAAAGUGACGACUGUUUUGGAGGCACGCAAAGUCGAUCUGGUGUACUACUCGGAUGUUGCAGGUAUCGUUCCUAAUCCGGACGAUCAUACCGAUCCUACAUCUCGCGCCAGCAAAGCCGCCAAUCCUCAAGUCUACGACGUCGGAAAUGGUGACCUUCCCCCGGAGUGGGGUCUUGAAUUUGUGGUGCACGAGAUGAGGAUGGUGUACGGUCCUUGGCACGAUAGGCAACGUGACGCUUUCACCAAGGCCUUUACCCCUGCCAUCUUUUAUCAAUCCACAAAGACCGAUCGUUUGAAACCGGGAGAUUAUCGAAUGCAUACGGAGAUGAGAGUGCACAUCGAACUCGUCGGGCAUACCACGAUAAGGGUUCCGACUCGCGAAAGCAGCAAGGACUGGGAUUAUGACAAGCACGGAAGUAAACCUAGAAACCAGCAGCGUAAAUACGGUUGGAUGGAUAUCGACGUGGGUCCGAAAUCGACGAUUCGAUACGUCAUGCCUUUGGUGGCGUCUCAGGCAGGCUUCGAUGCCCUGAUGGAGAUGGAAUUUCAUGGCAUGAGCGCGUCCUCCAGCAUCAACUAUGCCAACUUUAUGCGCACCAAAGUCGUCAAGGUCCGGGCAUCGAUGCCAACCCCUUUGGAAUGGAACGCUCGGCGGGAUUGGACGUUUGAUAUCGAUCUUCAGGACGCCAGAAUAUCUCUUCUCCGCGAUCACAUCACUUUAAUAACGGAUCUCGCAAAAGAUUGGAGCUCUGGUGCCACUGGCGAUUUUCAUCACUUCAUCCCCUGCGAUUACCAAUUCCAGAUCACUCUAACCGAUUAUAUUCUGAAGCUGUACGUGAACGACUUCAACAUUGUGGAUUCGCCUAACAAGAGCGAGGCCAAUUGUCUACUGGAGGUUCGAGGAGCUCGGACCUAUGCCGAAGUCGAAGUACCGCUGAUCAGGUUUCGGCCCGAGUCAUCAACCAUACCGUUCAGUGUGCAAGGCUCGGACCUCGCUCUCCUGAUGCAUAUGCCGGAAUGGCACACGCACAGCACCUUUGGCAAUCAGAACACAGCGCAAUUUGCAAAAGUCGGUAAAAUACGACUGAGAGGGUCUUACCUGUAUUAUGCGGAACCCACGCCCGAACAUGUGGAAUGUAUUACGCUGUUCAUCUAUCUCGACGACGUCGCCUUCAGAAUUAUUGGAUGGGUAAUCCGACGCCUUAUGCUCAUCAAGGAUAACUAUGCUGGAUCCUUCAUGAAUUUUCAGACAACGCAAGAUUUCCAUAACGAGUUCGCCAAGUCGCCAAGGAGCUGGGGAGACAAGACUGUCGAACGUUAUCGGCCCGGCAAGUCUGACAUAUUCGAGGUCAACCUUGAGCUCGAAAUUACGAACGGUACCGCAUUGUUGCCACGAGAACUAUAUGACUGCGUCGAAGCGACGGUAUUACCGGUACCGAAACUAGAGGUCCAUCUGCGUUCCCACGAGGCGUUCAUGGAACUCGUCGUCAAUGCCCGGCCAACAACAAUCUUCCAUAGUUCAGACUCGACGGUCUGUUUCGCCGAACAUGGAACUGCAGCUCCCAAAAAUGGAAAAUCACUAUAUCUUGGAGGCCUGUCUAUCCGCGCGGAUCGCUUGUUCGGACUGCCUCCCAAAACACCUACAUAUCUAUGCCUGUGGGAUUUCUUCAUCCCGCAGAUAGGUGGUCACUGCGAUGCUACCUUGAUCGAGUGCAUACAGACUGGCGUAUCCAACUUCAAUCUCGGCUUGGGCGAUCAUGCUAAUGCGCCGUUAGAGUUGUACAAUCCACCUUUGGAUCGAGAUGUCACAAUCUUCAAGGUCGUGCUUCCAAGGGUAGAUGUCACCGCAUGGGCCUCGACCAAUGCGAUCAACUUGCGCCUCAGAAACCUGGCGUAUGACACGAAUGACAGAGCGACACUCCAGUUUUCUUCUAUGCAGAGCUUGACCAUCGAGGAGUUGGAAUUGUCCCUCUAUCAACAGCAGGCGAACUCGAUGGACAAGUCAAAGUAUUUUCGACUGGCUUCAGCAAGCUUCGGUCUCAAUCUCGACACUUUCAAAGCUCCACGUGGCUGGCAGGAACAAGCUGUCUCACAGCAAUCUUUCAUGCGCCAGCAAGAUGCUGUUACGCGGCGAACGGUGCCGAUGUAUAGCACGACAUCGCCCGAUGAUGGAUCCUACCAUGUGGGGCCGCUAUUCCUACCUCGGCCUUUUCCGUCUGAGGAGAUCGAUUCUUCGUCUUCGGAAAGUAGUUGGGAGAGCGAGAUAUCCAUGACCUCUAGCACCGAUCCAUCCCUGGUGGACGAUACUACAGACAUCUCAAGGCUUCUCCUCGGAGGAUUCAGUAUCGUCACAUCGGAAUCGUAGAACACGGCUGCCGAUCGGUCUCGCGCCUAGAUCUUCAG